ACAACAAUGGCCUCGGCGUUUAUUUCGGCCACGUGCAUUGCAGACUCUCGUUGAUGGGGCAGAAGGUCGACUUGUUCAAUUUCAAUUUCGGCCACAGACACGUAUGGUUACCGCACAAUCUGCGGGUGGUAACAGGUGGAGGAAUUCUGGACCUCAUGCCUUCGCCCGUGAGGCUGGUUGCAACUUCGCAUUACGAGGCUGUCCGGACAGUGUUCAGCGUUGGAUUUGAGCUGAUGCAUUGCCAUCACCGUGGCCACCAUCAUGAUUUGAUUCGAUGUCUUGCCCACUGGGUCUAUCACCUUGUAAAUCCUUUGCCCUGGCUGCCAGAUCCCGUCAAGCUGGUUGCAGGUUCGGCGUACGAGGCUGUCCGGACGGUGUUCAGUGUUGGGUGGGAGCUAGCGCAUUGUCCACACCGCGGCCACCACCAUCAGUUGAUUGGAUGUCUUGGCGGUUGGAUCCAGCACCUUGCUCCAGCAGUGCAUUGGAUGGCUGCUCCUUUGAAAUUGGUUGCAG